AUGAGCAAUUUUGACAUUUGUUACAAUGCCUUAUGUCGUGCAUUUCAUAAAGAAAAUGUUAUUAUGCCUCCAGCUCUAGUGGAAAUUUUGAAACCCGAUGAUGCUAUUCAGUCAAGUAUCACUCUUACAAAUACAAGCAACAUUGAUUCUGAUUCAGAUACUACAACCAAUAUUGAUACAGAUAGUUCAGAUGAAUCAGCUGACUCAAACAAUAUCGAUUCAACCAAAUCAAUUCAAGAAAAUAUCAAUAAAGGAAAGAAUGAUGAUAGUAUAGCUAACGCAAAAACCAUUACAAGAUCAUUGUCAUCAUUAACACUUACAACCAACAUAAAUCCACUCAAUUCAUCUUUGUCGUCAUUAACACUGGCAACAAAUCCAAAUCCACUCGACUUGCCUCGUGAUCGAAAACGUAGACAAGAAACUUUCAAUAAACUUAAUCAGCUUAUCUUCAGUAUUCGAGAACAAAAAGGAAAAACAACAAAAAAAGAAAUAUAUGAGCUUCCACCAUUAAUCAAACAAAUUAUCCGAUGUUUAUAUCCAUCAGACAUCGAUGACAAAAAGUUUUUACAAAAACCAGAUGUCAUCUUCACUCUUCAAACGUUUAUUGAAUUGUUUCGUAUCUGA